AUCUCUUUACUCUCUCUCUCUCUCUCUCUCUCUCUUCUCUCUUCUCUGCUACUCGUAAACUCCUCAUCCAUCCCCAACCAAAAAAAACCACUCUCCUCAAAUGGGCUACUACUGUGCUUCAACUCUCUUAGCUUGUGUUCUCUCCAUGGCUCUCCUCUCCUCCCCUUCCCUCUCCUUGAACCAAGAUGGUGAGGUGCUCCUGGAGCUAAAAUAUGGUUUCAAUGACACAAAGCAAAUGCUGGGGAGUUGGAGAGAAACUGACCCACAUCCCUGUGGAUGGAUUGGGAUUUCAUGCUCUUUCCCUCAUUUUAGAGUCCAAUCCAUUAAUCUGCCAUAUAUGCAGCUUGGAGGUAUUAUUUCUCCCAGCAUUGGCAAGCUCCAGAGGCUCCAGAGACUGGCUCUUCAUCAGAAUAGCUUGCAUGGGCCCAUCCCUUCUGAGAUCAAGAACUGUACUGAGCUAAGAGCAAUUUAUUUGCGAGCUAAUUACCUUCAAGGCGGUAUCCCUCCCGAGAUCGGGGACCUCACUCAUCUAACCAUCCUGGACUUGUCGAGUAAUUUGCUGAGGGGGGUGGUACCGCCCUCGAUCGGCGGCCUCGCCCAUUUGAGAUUUCUGAACCUGUCGACCAACUUCCUCUCUGGCGAGAUCCCGAAUGUUGGAGUGCUUAAAACUCUCGGAAGUAGCUCGUAAGUCGGCCCCCCCUCUAAAAUAUGUCGCGAUCGACUAGGGUUUCCUGCAGUACUGCCGCACUCCGAGUCGCUUACAGCACCAGGAAUCUCAUCGAUCCCUAGUGAAAAAACACCGUCGCAUUUUCUCAACGGGAUUAUUAUCGGUUCGAUGUCGACAAUGGCCCUCGCAUUCGUAGCACUUCUGGGGUUCCUUUGGGUAUGUUUGCUCGCGAGAAAGGGUGGUGGUCUCGGCAGAAGAUAUGUAAAAAUGGAUAAGCAGCUUGCUCAUGAUGUCGGCGCUAAGCUUGUGACUUUUCAUGGGAACCUCCCCUACACAUCAAGCGAGAUAAUCAAACAGCUCGAAUUGCUCGACGAGGAUGAUGUGGUCGGGUCUGGCGGGUUCGGUACGGUGUACAAGAUGAUGAUGGACGAUAGUAGUGUAUUUGCCGUAAAGAGGAUCGAUCGGAACCACGAUGGGUCCGAUCAGAUUUUCGAGAGGGAGCUCGAGAUUCUAGGAAGCAUCAAACACAUCAACCUCGUCAACUUGCGAGGUUAUUGUAGGCUACCCUCCGCGAAGCUUCUCAUUUACGAUUACGUGGCCUUGGGGAGUUUAGAUCAAUAUCUUCAUGAGAGCGGCCAAGAAGAGCAGCCGCUGAAUUGGAAUGCGCGAAUGAAGAUCGCGCUUGGCUCUGCCCGAGGACUGGCGUACUUGCACCAUGAUUGCUCCCCCGCGAUAGUUCACCGGGACAUCAAAUCGAGCAAUAUACUUCUCGACAUGAGCCUCGAGCCCCACGUGUCGGACUUUGGCCUCGCCAAGCUUCUCGUGGACGAAGAUGCUCAUGUUACCACCGUGGUCGCCGGUACUUUCGGUUACCUCGCACCAGAAUAUCUACAAAACGGACGCGCGACCGAGAAGUCGGAUGUGUACAGUUUCGGGGUUCUCUUGCUAGAGCUGGUAACCGGAAAGAGGCCUACGGACCCCUCAUUUGUCAAAAAAGGCUUGAACAUAGUUGGCUGGCUGAACACGUUGACGGGAGAGCACCGGCUCGAGGAAAUCGUCGACGAGAGAUGCGGAAGCGUAGAGGCCGAGGCGGUCGAAGCGAUCCUCGACAUUGCCGCCAUGUGCACGGCCGCGAGCCCCGAGGAUCGGCCGGCGAUGAGUCGGGUGCUGAAGAUGCUGGAGGAGGAGAUCUUGUCACCCUUCAUGAAUGAUUUCUAUGAACCUCACUUGGAUAUCUAAACUUUGAAGGAACAUUUCUUCUUCUUCUUUUUUUUUUAAGAGCUAAGAGAGUAGCAUAUUGUAGAUAUAUUAACUAUUACACUGCUUUAUGAACUUGAAAACACUUAUUUUAAUCCCAACUUGGGAUUUUUGUAAUUUUGGGAAUGUGUUUUUUUUCA